GAAUGUAUUCUCUUGGCUAGUUUGGGGUAAUCUAAAAGAGAAACAUGGUGGAUAAAAAAUCUUAUGAUCAGUUGGAUAAGAUUGAAGAAUUAGUGAAGCUUGUCAUUAAUCAUGUGGACCCAGACGUACCUCAUCGACCUGCGCAGGAUCGUGUUAAGAUGAAUCAGCUACAGAGUCUCCUUCAUGAUGCAUUGAUAGCUACAGGUCAUGUUGAGAACUGUGCUAUCAUUAGAAGAAAAGAUAUCUCCCUCAGAGCAAGCUCAGCUGGAUUCACACUUACAGGAGAUGAGAUGCAGAAGAUGAUAGAUGCAUUCAAAGACCCUCCCAGAACCAGAUUAGAAGGCCUAUACUUCCAUAAUAGACUAUACAAGUGUGUCAGGGCAGACAAGAACUCCAUCUAUGCUAAAUGUGACAAAGAUGGUAUCGUGCUAGUGAAGACCGCCACUCUAGUUAUCAUGGGAACAUACUCAGACAAUAUGUUUCCAAGUGUGUGUGUGGAAGCCAUUGAAAAACUAGCAUCAUACUUCAUAGAGAAAAGCAAAUGAAAGACUGCUGGUUCUGAAGAUUCAAUGUCUCAUUCCAGACAACAGAGGGAGCACUCACUCUGUCAAUGAAGAUAGCAAUGCCUACCAUCCAAGAUAUCUUUAUAGCAUUCACAGGUGGCUCUCUCUAUGAUGCACUUUUCAUGAGGAAAUAAGCUUUCUUAAAAAUGAAAGUCAAAUAAGGUGAAAAAGUGGCAAAUGAGAAAAGUUUGUCCUUUUCCGAAAAGGUAAAACUCUUUCUUUGCAUGCAUGGGUCAGCUGGGCCCAAGAUAUUCUAAUUCUGUCCAAGAUUUUGUAUCACAAUCCCAUGCGAGAGAAAUUUAGGAAUAACAUGUACAGAUAAAUAUGCCUCAGUCCCUUUUGACCAAAUACAUGUAGAUUAGUUGUAUGCAGGUAAUUUCAUGCUUUGCAUGUUACGGGUCUGUUGUAGAGAGAGAGUUGUGUCUGAACACAAAUCCUAAAUUUGUGUUUCCUGGUUCAAAACUAUUGCUUUUGAUUUUUAGGAGUUGUGUGUGUUUGAUUACAACUCUUUCUGCAAUGAACAGAGGGGGGGGGUCACAAAAAAGAUACAAGUAUCACUAAUGGAGCGUUGGAAGAAGCUUGUAAUAAAUUGCAUGUCCAUUUUCAGUCCCUCAAAAAUCAAUCAUAAGUUUUGAAAUUAAUUGCAAAUUUGAGAUUGAUUGCUUAUCUGCUUCUUGAAACAAGGAGUUUAUUAAAUUGGUCUAUGAAUUGUAUAAUUGGAACAGAAUAUUCGUAAUUGAUUGCAAAUAUUUUAUUGCAACACCCUCUUAGAGUCAUGAAUAAAUGCCUAGUUUCGUGCACUAUAAAAUGCAUGACUGCAUUGGUCAGAUCAUGGCGAGAUGACGCGCAGUACUGCGUAUCAAUAAGAUUGCGCGUUGCUUAUAUCGUAUACAUGUCGGCAUUUAAGUACGGCUCUAGGUCUUACUUAUCUUUGUGAACCACCCCCCAGUCUGGAAAUUUCUUCCAAUUUAGCUGAUUACUUGAUAUAUAGGUCUACUUAGACAAACUUACAUGUUACUGUACAUGAAAUGUACUUACGUGUUUAUGUGUUAAAGAAAAACAGCAGCUGAAUUUAUCCAGUCAUCUCCUAUUUGUUCCAAAGAUUUGUCACCUUGACAGUCAUUUUAAUUAGGUUUGUAGAGGAAUUUCAUGUUGUACAAUGAGCUUAAGCAUGGUUUUCAAAUAUUUAAUUUCAUUUUUAUUGAAAGUUUGAGAUAUGAGAAGUUCUGCAAAAAGAUAUUAUUGAGCCUUAAGAGUUUUUAUGGAAGUCAUAUUGAUUGUCAUGCUUGAGUAUACCUAUUUCAAAUUUUCAGUUAUAACCAUUGAAAUACUUGCAUGUGAAUUCUGUUUUCUGUUGUGAACACUCACAUGAUAUGACCAAAAUUUAUGUAAAAGGAGUAUUGGAGACAGAACAGACAACAAAUGAUGACAACGGUUUCCUUAAUACCAAUUCUUAUUUUUGUUUAAAGGGUUUUGGAAUGGCCUUGUACUGAUUGUAGAUUUCAUUUAUGAACCUCUUUUGCUUCAAAAUUAUAUUAAAAUGUUUUUUUGUGUGUGUUUUUUUAUUCAAAAUUGAAACUGUCAAACAUUCCAUAUUAAGAAUCAUAGCUCUUUACUCUAUUAUUUCAGCUUAACAACAAUUCAGGAGAAUAACGUUUUCUUGGAGUUCCUGUGUCUCGUUAGUUACAUGUGUAGAGAUUAACAUCAAGUAUCAUCAGACUUUAUAGAGCUCCAAACAAUUUACUAGAAAACUCCAUAGAGACUGCUUCAUGGAGAAGUACAGUUCUAGGCUUCUGCUUUCUAGUGUAAGAGGUGUACAUGUAAGAAGUUCAUAAUUUUAAAUGUUCUUUGUAAAUUUGAAGUGCAAUAUUGAUGUAAUGUUUAUUGAAGAUUGAUACUUGCAAUGUACAUUAUACAAUUCAAGUUUUCCUUUCAUUUUUGAUACCUUGUCUUAUCCCCCCCCCCCCCCCUCUUGCUCCCCUCCCCCUAUUUCUUUCUCCAUCCUGACCCCUCAUCUUCCACUUGUCAACUCCCCUUCCUUCACUCUGGUUUCAUGUCAUUUUCCUAGGACAUUGCUGAAAAAAAAUUAAUAGGGAAAUACAUGUAUAAUAGAAAGAGGCUCACUUUCCUUGAAUAUUUGGAAGAUUGGCCACAUCGUACCUCCUGAAAACAGUUGUAUUAAAGAUAAAUUCCAGUAUUGGUAACGAUCGCAAAAUGACUUUUUACAGAAUCU